UUUGGAGGGAAAAGUUUCCACUUGAAACCACAACAGUCAGCAUUUUCCAGGCAUUGGUGAAUGCACGAGGCUUGUUUGUGCUUCAUCUGCCUGAGCUGGCACUAAUUCAAGCUGGCCCUUGUAACCUCAGUUAGAUAAGAAGGAGGCUGUGCCAGUCUGCCCUGCUCAGCCUCUUGUUCUCACAGGUUAUAAUGAAAGGAAAGGCAUUUAUUCCCCCUGAUAACUUCCAUUGUUCUUUGAUGUGGAUAGACGAGGAUGCUUUUUAUCCUGGCAGCUAUUUCAAAGAAACCUUCAAUGUUCAUCCUGAGUGGAAUGUUGCUUCAGGCAUUGCUCAAGUUUUCUUUUUUCGGUCUUCUUCUUUUUGUUUUUUUCUGGUGUGUUUCUCAUUCUGGACGCUCUCAUUCAGACGAACAAAGGAUUCCUAGGGUUCAUGCAUUCCAGGAGGCUCUCCUCCCCUUAUUUUGAAAUAUUGAAGUCAAAGAAACUCUAAUCCAUCCACACCCUUAUAGGUGACUGAUGGGAAUUUCACCCGUGACUUUAACAUGAGCAAGGUUAGAAACUAGAAAUACCGAUCACAGACAGCAUGCAACAGUCUAAACACUGCUUCAUCCGAGAUAGAAAUUCAGUUGGUUAUAGAAAUAUGUAGCUUUCCUUCAAUAUUUAUGUCAGAACUUGUGGUGCCCCGAUGUUGAAUUCCUUGAGGGGCUGCUCUCACAUGCAUGGGGCUGAUGAUGAACAUAUUUCAAGUAUCAGGUAUAAAUGUGCCUAUUUUUUCUGUCCUUUACUUAACCCUAUUUCACCAGUCUUUCUUUCUUUCUUUUUCCUUUAUUUAACCAGGUACAGUCUCAUUUAGAUUAAAAUAGAUCUGCCAAGAAGGUGGCAUAAUAAAAACUGUACAAACAACAUGACUUUAACAAACAACAAAAGGACACCUAUAAUGCCUCCUUUGGGUGGAUCUAGAGGUAUGACGUUUUAAAAAGUAUUCAAAUAAAUUUAAAGCAAUGAUAGAAUUAAUAUUUAUCAGAACAGGAACAAAAUCAUGCAUAGCGUGUAUUUAGCAGCAAGCAAUGUAAAGCAUGCCAGAGGAAUUACAUGUGGUUCUACUUCCUGAUUAUAAACUGAUAUAAAAAUGACACGGUUAAAUUGGAGAGAAAGCCCUGAAAGAAUGUAGGGUAGACUGGGUAUUUCUUGGCUCGCUGAGAGAGAGAGGAGACGGGGGGGGGCUUCUUGUGGGCUUAUGGGAGGACAUGUGGAGAAGCAUUCCUCUCAUAGUUUCAGGACACCUCUUCAGCCUGCACAUACGUCAGCUCUGCUUGGAGUGUAUAAAAGGAGAUGGGGACUCCAAAAGAGGGAGAGCAAGCACUUGUCAGCUCACUGCCAGGUCUGGUGUUUGAUUUGGUUUACGCUGGAAAGAUAACUUUAACUUCUGAAGAUGUGGAAAGUCUUUGUCGUUUUGAGCCUCUGCAUUACACUGACACCCCCAGAUGUGCAACGGGAGUCAGUCUAACAUUGGAUGGCUGUGGAUGCUGUAAAGUUUGUGCACGACAACUCUUUGAAGACUGCAGCAAGACAAGGCCAUGUGACCACGCAAAGGGACUGGAGUGCAACUUUGGAGGGGGAUAUGGCUCUGCUAAGGGCAUCUGUCGAGCCAGAUCAGAUGGAAGAACGUGUGAGUACAAUAACAAGAUUUACCAGAACGGGGAAACCUUCCGUCCAAACUGCAAACACCAGUGCACUUGCAUGGACGGUGCUGUUGGAUGCGUCUCCCUCUGCCCACAUGAGCUCACGCUGCCCAAACUGGGCUGUGCCAAGCCCAGGCGGGUCAAGGUACCGGGACAGUGCUGUGAACAACUCAUAUGCCAUGAGGAAGCAAAGACAGAGAGCUCUGUGGUAAAGAAACACAGAAAAAAGCAUAGUAAAGACAAAGACGACCUGACCCACAAGAAUGACUUGGCUCCUGUGUGGACAGGCGAAUCUUUACCUGCUUUCAGGAGUCACCCACUGGGUCACAUGUUGGUCAGAGGAGUCAAGUGUGUGUCUCACACCACAGCUUGGUCACCUUGCUCGAAAUCCUGUGGCACUGGAGUGUCCACCAGGACUAGCAACAGCAACACCAAGUGCAAACUGGUGAAAGAGACUCGGAUCUGUGAAGUCCGCCCGUGCAACAAAAUGACCGUUACAAUAUCAAAGAAAGGUCAGAAAUGCAAACACACAGAAAAGGCCAUCCAUCCAGUUAAACUGUCCCACUCAGGCUGCCGUAGCCUGAAAAAGUUCCAGCCUAGGUACUGUGGGUCCUGCUCAGAUGGGCGAUGCUGCAGGCCUCACCGAACCCAGACGUCACCUGUCCGCUUCCGAUGCACAAAUGGAGAUAUCACAAGCAGGAUGGUGAUGAUGAUUGAGUCUUGCAAGUGUAGCUUUAACUGCUCUGACAAUAAUGAAAAGACAGCUGGCCGCUAUAGACUUUUUAAUGAUAUCCACAAAUUGCAAAUUUAAAGUUCUGAAUUUAAGUGGAAAAGAAGACUUCUUUAAGUGUUGAGUUACCCUGAGGUUGCAGACAUCUGAAGGAUGAAUUUUUUGAACAAUAUUGUUCAUGAUUUUGCUUCAUAACAUUGGAGCCUUGUGGUUUUGCUUCUGUUUGAAGCUUUUUUUUAUGACAGUGAUUUUUAUUUUGUACACUUAACAUAUUUAAGCCUCUCUUGACAAGACAACAUGGAAAUGAUGUUAAAAAUUAUGGCAGCUACUAAAUCAGUCAUUCCACAUGUCGCUGUGUUUCUGUUGAUUUACAGUACUUAUUCAUUUUCUUUAGAAGGAUUAGUUAUUCAUACUUCACUCAAUGUAUUGUUAAUAUUUAAUCAUGUGAUCUUGUAUAGUAAUAUGGGUUUGCCAUCCUCUUGUCUACACUUGUUUGCCUAUGUAAAAUGUUGAAAUAUGACUGAAGGACUAACUGCCAAAUUGUAAGUUUUGUUUUAAUUUUUCACAAAUAAACACAUAAAACACUGCA